AUCUCACUCAACCUUCGAAUCGCUGAAAAGGGCAACGUGAGCUUUACCGACCAAAGUGCCCGUUGCAGAGGAAGUGAAUCCCACAUUUUCUCUGUAACAUUGGAACCGCAUCUCGAGCAAAACUCCAUUUUAUUAUGGCUUUUUCAGCUAUGUUCUAUUCCUAUUAAACGUUUAUCCAAAAUGGAGCCUUUCUUGGGAGCUAACUGAGGUCUUGCGGCUUUAACUCCUCCAUUGAAUUCCACAAAUUGAUUCUGCGCUUCAUUGCAUACUGCUACAAGCUUUUGUAUGUUCCCUGUAUGUGCAAAGUUUGACAUACUUAUGAAUGGCUUGGAGAGAGCUUGGUAAAAGAGGUGUGCAGGCCAGUAUCGCAAGAGCUCUAUCUUCAACAUCACAACAUCACGCGGUGGGAUCAAUUUGUCCAUCUAUACAUGAGGGUGCAGAAAAAUUGAAUCCUGAUUCAGUCAGAUGCAGUCCAGAGACUUUUGUCAGCUCAAUGUUAGGAGGUUUUGGGUACUCUGAAUAUUGGGCUAAAGAACCCCAAAGACGGUGUUAUCAUGCAAGCACAGGGUGGUUUUAUAGAAGAAGAACAGAUGAGCCAGCAGGGUUGAAGACUCCAAAGAAAGAGAAGUUUGUGAAAAGGGACAAGACCCAGGCACCUGUUGAAGCUCCAUAUGUACCUCCUAAACCACAAAGAACUACAAAACCUGUGCCAGAUAAAACAAUAGAGAUAUUUGAAGGCAUGACCAUCGUUGAGCUUGCCAAGCGUACUGGUGAAUCAAUAAGCUCUCUGCAAAGUAUUCUUGUAAAUGUAGGGGAAAAGGUUGACUCAGAAUUUGAUCCUCUCAGUAUUGACGUCGCAGAGCUGGUUGCAAUGGAAGCUGGGAUCAAUGUUAGGAGGCUACAUUCCAGUGAAGGCUCAGAAAUUCUUCCACGUCCUCCAGUUGUAACCGUUAUGGGUCAUGUUGACCAUGGGAAAACCUCUCUUUUAGAUGCUUUACGUCAAACUUCAGUGGCUGCCAGGGAAGCUGGAGGCAUAACGCAGCAUCUAGGUGCUUUUGUUGUUAGCAUGCAGUCAGGGGCAUCAAUAACAUUUCUUGAUACUCCUGGUCAUGCAGCAUUCAGUGCGAUGAGAGCAAGAGGUGCUGCUGUAACAGAUAUAGUUGUGCUAGUUGUUGCUGCUGAUGAUGGGGUGAUGCCUCAAACUCUUGAAGCCAUGUCCCAUGCAAAGGCGGCCAAAGUACCAAUUGUGGUAGCAAUAAAUAAGUGUGAUAAACCAGCUGCUAAUGCAGAAAGAGUAAAACUCCAGCUUGCUUCAGAGGGCUUGUUGCUAGAGGAUAUGGGUGGAGAUAUUCAGGUGGUUGAAGUUUCAGCACUGAAAAAGACUGGAUUGGAUAACUUGGAGGAGUGUUUGCUUCUCCAAGCUGAAAUGAUGGAUCUGAAAUCACGCAUUGAUGGACCUGCUCAAGCUUACGUAGUGGAGGCAAGGCUUGAUCGGGGAAGGGGACCAUUGGCUACGGCAAUAGUGAAAGCAGGGACUUUGGAAUGUGGCCAGCAUGUGGUUGUGGGCUCAGAAUGGGGCAGAAUAAGAGCUAUUAGAGAUAUGGUGGGGAAGUUGACAGAGCACGCAAGACCUGCAAUGCCUGUUGAGAUUGAAGGGUUGAAGGGACUGCCAAUGGCUGGUGAUGACAUAAUUGUUGUGGAGUCUGAGGACCGAGCUAGAAUGCUUAGCGCUGGGAGGAAAAGGAAGUUUGAGAAAGAUAGACUUAAUAAGAUUAGCGAGGGGAGGACAGAAGUUUUAGAACUGUCAGAAGAGGUACCUGAGCGGGUUGAGAUGCCAAUGAUAGUAAAAGCAGAUGUGCAGGGUACUGUACAAGCUGUUACUGAUGCAUUGAAGAGUUUAAACAGUCCUCAGGUUUUUGUGAACGUAGUACAUGUUGGUGUUGGGCCAAUUUCUCAGUCAGAUGUAGACUUGGCACAAGCAUGCGGUGCAUGUAUAGUUGGAUUCAAUGUAAAAACUCCACCCAGCUGCAUCAGUGUGGCAGCUACUCGAGCCAGUAUAAAGAUACUGCUUCACCGAGUAAUCUAUCACCUUUUGGAGGAUAUUGGCAAUUUGAUAGUAGACAAGGCCCCUGGGACUUCUGAAACACAGGUUGCUGGAGAGGCUGAAGUUCUGAAUAUCUUUGAGCUCAAAGGAAGGAGCAAGGCCAAGGGAGCUGAUGUGAAGAUUGCUGGAUGUCGUGUGAUCGAUGGUUGUGUCACAAAAUCAUCAACGGUGAGACUUCUGAGGAGUGGGGAAAUUGUGUUUGAAGGAUGCUGUUCAUCUCUAAAGAGGGAGAAGCAGGAUGUGGAGACGGUGAAGAAAGGGAGUGAAUGUGGUUUGGUUAUUCGAGAUUGGGAAGACUUUCAGAUUGGAGACAUCGUACAGUGCAUGGAGCAAGUCAUAAGGAAGCCCAAGUUCAUUUCGUCCGAGAGUGGUGCUGUUCGAAUUGAGUGCUGAUAAUAUAUGGUAAUUUUUAGGCUAUCAAUAUUUAUAGAUGUCUAUGGAUACGCAUUUUUGGUACUGUUGUGUUUUGCCUUUGCAUUUUGACAAGCAGAUUGAAAAUAUUUGUAACAUUAUGAAGUAAAAUACCAACUCGAGACUUUUUUUUGGGCUCAAGUACUCAUUUUUUGAGAAUUUGCUUCUCAGGUUAUAUAUGCUUUAGAAGCCAAUUGAAUUCUUCCAAAACUACGCGGUUUUGGAAGGUUUUUGAACUUUUGUUUAGACAUUUUCAUAUAUACUUGUACAAUGACAAAAUAAUGAUCAAAGCAAGAGAUUAAUUUAA